AUGGCUUACAAGGAAGAACGAAAGAGUAUUUUUUUUUUGCAUAGUCUGUUCAGAUUUUGAAUGUUAAGUCCUCGCUCAAGCUCCGCCCCUAAUGGCGGAAACCAAUAAGAGAGCGAGCCAUCCACAGAGCGUUUUUGAAUGACGUCAUUGUACUUCACAUUCAAAAUCUGAACAGACUAUAAUAUUUUAAAAGUCCUUGUAAUGAAUUCUUCGAUGAUUUGGUAGAAAAAUAGAAAAAUUUUUUCGAAGUUCAAGGUAAAAAGCCAUUUGCUAGAAUAUUUCACGCGAAUAGCUCUAGAUUUGCUUUUGAACGCAUUCUGAGGGCAAAAACCUUCGUUCUCUCAAAGAAAUACUGCUGUGUAAAAUCAGUUCAAUUUUGAUCAGACUUUUGUUUUAUAUAACAUUCAACACUUCAGGUUUCCAAAACGCUUCUUCUUUUUGGCAAAUUUUGGUUCUAAUCAUCAUUUUCUGCAGUUCGCCGGAGACUUUCAUCGAUGGUGAAUUUUCAGGGGAUGAUUUUGUUCAAGUUGAAAAAUAUUAGUACCGUUUUGAUUGUCACUAGCUUUCUUCAUAAGUUCUUCAUUCUCACUGGAAAGUCGUUGAUGAAAAAUUAAACAGUUUUCGUGUAAAAAGCUUAGGAAAAUGCGUGAAACUCAUAAAAGAGCUCCAUUUUAUCAGAAUAUCAAUUUUCCUCUCGAAUUUAUCAGUUUAUCAAUAUUUGUUUCAAUCAAUAUUCUCUCAAAAUUAUAGCCGAUUCACGGCUAACUUGGGACACUGAGGGGCGCGAAGUGUCUGCGCUCUCCACCAGACAGGCACUAUCUCUGUCCUUUUCGUGUCAGGACCUUUUUUUGACGGCUCAAGCCAGCCGUGAAUCAGCUAUAUCAUAAUUGAGCUGAGUGUUUGGUAAGCGCCUCUGAAUCUACCUUUUUCAAAAAACGCGAAAGUAGUUUUUGGUCGGUCGCACAAAACGUUGAGCCAUUCUUUUUGCGGCCAGAAAAUUUUGGAAAUAAAAUUUUUUUUCAGCAUUGUCUACGACAACGACGGGUGGAUCUACAAAUAAUGUGAUCAUUUUUUAUCAACAAUUUUUCUGAAUUUGAUUUAAAGUCGAUUAACGCCCGUCCACCGUAGUGGCUUGCGUUGCAGUUUGAGUUGCGGUCGCGACGCGGCUUUUCGCGGGAAGUUCGAAAUUAAACGCGCUGUUUUUUGUUUUUCUGAUCGAUGGUUUUCAGUUGAUUGGAUGAAUGCAUUAAAAAAAAAUUUCGUUACAACUUUUCCCUCAACUUCCAAAAAUCCGCGUCGCGACCGCAACGCAAGUAUACUGUAGACGUCCGUCAUCGCCAAAUUUUCUACAAAAAUCCUGCAGACCCGCGCAAACAAAACGAGCAACAGUCCUCGAAAGGAAGCUUCUGAGGAAACCGCGUUUUUCAAGAAAAUGGGCGGCCUUACUGGUGAGAGCAUUACUCAUUGAUUCGAGAAGAAGCUUUUGGAAAAUCCCAAAAAAAACCCUUCCAGGAAUCUUCCUGAUCAUUUCCUCAGUUCUAAACGUCAUUCUGAUUGUCGCCUUCUAUUCUGCCCUAAUUUAUGCGCUCCGGAUUCGGGCCAGAUACGUUCCAAAGUAUCAAAUAGGCCUGCGGAAACUGAGGAAGGCCAACAAAAACGCUUCAAAAGGGCCGAAUCAACCGGGAAGAGGCGGAAAGCCACAAAAAUCCAAGGGUUUCUGGAGCCGACUCCGUGGAGGAAACGAAGAAAAAGAAGAAAGGCCAGAAGGCGUUCCGUUGGGGGAAAUUACGGAUGAGAACGAACCUUUUGAUGCAGCACCUGCCGUGGUCCUGAAAAGAGAAGAAGCCGAGCCGAUGACGUCACUUGAAGAUGAGGUGCCGCCUCUUUUCACGUCGAACAGUUCUGCAUCUGAAAAGAAACAAACUGGUUAUUUUUCAAUUUUAUUUUUUGAUAAUCCGAAGCGAGACAUCAAAGCGAUGGGGAUAGACGCCAGAGAAAGGGAAAAUUCUAGCUUCUCUAGCGUCUCUAGCGUCUCUUCAGCUUAUUUUUCUGAGUAUUUUCAAAGAAAAAAGAGCCAGAGAGUAGAACGGUGGAAAAUUUAAGCUUUCGAGAGAUCAGAGCGGCCUGAAGAAACGCUAGAGAACGAGAGUAUUUGAAGUUCUCUGGCGUCUCUUCAGGCUGUCGUUGAUCUCCGCUUCAUCUUAUUAAUAUUUUUUUCUUUUAAAAAGGGCCAGAAAGACUUCUGAGCCUGGCCCUGAUUUUGUCUGUUUUUGGAGGAACCUCGUUGUACUUUGUGGUUGGGAUUUACCUGAAAAGUGGCAGGAACACUCCUUGAUGUACCAAAGGAAGAUCCUGGAAGCCUCGACCUGCACAACUUUCUAGUUUCUGAGAAAAGGCAUCUCAAGUUUAAUGAAAAUCUUUCAAAUCUGUAAAAACAGGGCUUUGAGCCUCUAUUUCUCAAAAAAUGGAAAGUUGUGCAGGUUGAGACUUUCUGGGUCUUCUUCUGGAACAUCAAGGAGUAUUCUGACUGGAGAAUCUCAACAGUGAGAUGCAACUUUUCGUCCAAAAAAUCAAAUCACUUCCAGACGAUACCUUAUCGAUGAUGUCGCUGAUUCAAAGCCAAUUGCAGGAAAACUACAAAAAGAACCGUGAAGGUAUUUUUUGAUUAGAAUCACCUUCAAUGUAUCAUGUUUCAGUGGGAGAAGCUCCAACGCAUCCUGGGGCAGAAUUCAAGCAGGAUACUCUAGAUGGAAAUGGUUAGUUCAAUAAGAAACUCAAUGGAAGCACUUCUAGUAAAAGGGUUACGUAAAAUUAUUGCGAAACUUUCAAAGUUCUGUGAAAAUUUUUAGUGGCCACUAUAGGGUUUUGACGUUUUACUGGCCACUAUAGUAGUCAAAUUCGUGGUCACUUAAGGGGUUGAAAAUUAGUGGCCUUUAUAGAGCCCUAAGUACUACUACUAGACUACUCAAAAUUAUAGUGGCCACUUUAGGGGUCAAUGAAUCAACAUAACUGGUCCAAUCCGUUUGUUUCAAACUUAUCCGAGUUGCUGGAAGGAAUACUGGACGAAAAACUACUGAAGUGGCCACUAAAUAGAGAGCCUCUAAAGUGGACACUAAAACGGAAAAUAGGGGUCACUAUAAAGGCGGGUUUAGUGGCCGCUUUAGUGUCCUCUCCAAGUAGUCCUUCGCGAGCCUCUAUAGUGGCCACUGAAAAUUUUCUCUGUUCCAAAAACAAUUGCUCCGGACCAUGAAUCGACUUGCGCUCAUUGUUAUCAAACACACUAGGGUUUGAACUUUUCGGUUCAUUUUUCAACAUUUUUUUUUUCUAUUUUAGCAGGCUUUUGAACGUUUUGUUCUUCUCUACUUUUUCUGUAAAUCUGGUUUUUUUUUUUCUAAUAAUCGAAAUUCAGGUUCAAAAAGUACCGGAAAAGUCUCAGCUCCUUCAGAAACCCCGCGCGAAACGAUCAAGAGAAUUUAUGGUAAUUUUUUGAAAUUUUCCUUUCUCAAAAUUACCAACUUUUCAGGCUCAAAGAGCAGUUUGUACAAGAUUUCGGCGCUGGUCGAGGCCCGUGACCGUCACCAAAAAAAGCGAAAAUCUUCAAUUGUUGAGAAAAUGUAGAGAAAAUGUCGAUCAAUUUUUAUUGAUUACUUGAUCCUUUUUCUGCCCAUUUUUCACUUGAAAAGACAAUGAGUAAAGUUUUAUCACAGUGUUUUUUUAAAAUUUCUGUUGAUAAGGAAGUGUAGAAUGAAGCUGUGGAGAACAACCAAGAAAUAUGGAAAAAAGAGGAACCAAAAAAGUAAGAUUUGCUCUAGAAGCACUUCUGAAGCUUAUGAAAAUUAAUUAUAGUCUUCUCGAAUAUUUGUUUAAAGAUUACUAGGAAGAUAUCAUUUUCAAGAAUCUGUGAGAAAAACUGAGAACCUAAAAUUUUUUACUAUUUUUCCGAUUUUCCUUGAGCUUUUGCGCUAUUUGGAUAUCUGAGUGUUGUAGAAUCGUUAUAUUUUCGUCCAAAAAGUGUUUUGAAAAUUCUCACAUGUCAAAAGUAAAACUAAAAACGGCUUCGUCUUGAGAUUUGUAUAAAAUCUGGCUAUGUUCCUUUAAAAUACUCGACAGAAGUUUUUGAACUGACCUCUCCAACAAGGAUUCCUAAAUAAGACGAAAAAUGUUUUAGUUCCGGCUUGGGACUAAAAAAUUGAAUUUUAUGAAAGUUCUAGAAACCUUAAAAAUUUUUUUUUCCGUGGGGUGGAAGAACAAAACGAAGAUUGGGUCUUCUUCUCCCAAAUAUAGGCGUUGACGUCGUCGUUUUUGGGGCUUCCAUGUGCCAUUUUUCAAUCUCCAUUCCUCAUUACACAUUUUCAGUAGGAAUCCUUGUUGGAGGAGCUCAGUUUUUGGCUUUUUUGCUAUAGUAUCUUGAUUUUCUGACUCUGGCAAAAUCUGGCAAAAUAGAUCCUGGUUUUUUUGUUGGUCAGUUCAAAGUAAUUCUGAAUUUUCUCUGGUUCUCCGAAAAUUGGUUAUCUUUUCCAUCAUCUGACGGCUAUUUUUGAAUUCCACGGAAUCACUUUGUAUUUGAGGUAUCAAAAUGUUUUUUUUUGACUCAAUUUGAAAAAUGCCUCAUUUCUCGGUUGUGUCUUUUCGAUACGUUGCUGAUUUCAGAUAUAACCAAAGUACACCACUUUUUUCUAUGAUUAUUUGAUUUUUAGCUUGUUGAAAAAAAAGAAGCUUGAAAUACGGUAAUUUAUAGCAAAUCCUGGACUUUUCAACUGAAAUUUUCAGUAAGAAUCCUCCGUUUUCGGCCUAGUCAAGAAAAUAUGUGUUUAUCAUGAUUUUCCGAUUCUUUGAUGAUAAAGAUCGAAAUAUUCCUCAUUCCAACUUAACAAUCAUCGCCUUAACCUUGGCAUUAAAUUCCCAUUUCCAGGAGCCCCAAGAAGUUCUACCGUAAUCCUUCCCCCGUCAAAACAGCCUUUAUUUAUGUGCGUCAGCAUCUCGGAUUGGCUCACGCCUGGCGUCAUCGAAAAGUUCCGGCCUUUCAAGUUGGUGAUUCAAGGGGGGAUGAAGCCGCGACGCGACCGCAAACGCGUCGUGACGUCAUAGGGGUUUUGAGAGGAAAAAGGCGCCAAAAUAUUACUUGAUCACCGCCAACUACAAGCUUUCAUUGAGAUCGUAAUUUCGCGGUUAUUUUUCGGAAAAAAGCUGAAUUUUUGGUGGAAUUAAAAGGAUCGUCAGAGAGUUAAAAAUUGAGAGUUAUUUGAAUUUCGAACUUUCUUCAAACUGAUAAAAAAAAUCUGUUUAUGACGUCAUUUCUGACCGCGGCGCAGCCGCUUGCGCGUUGUGACGUCAUUUUUUCUUUGGGAAAACGCAAAAGCUUCUAUUUUCAGAAACGUCUUCGUGGGGAUCUCAUUUUUGGCCAUAUUCUUCUCAGUUCUGAUUAUUAUCGAGAACGUUGUAUUUUUGGCGCAGUUCAGUCGACAGUACGUUUUUUAUGGAUACCGUGCGUGGAAUUUUUUGACCUAACUUCCGUCAAACAACGAUUCCAGGCCCUUGAAGCAAAAAUAAAUCUAGAUACUUCUUUACCAAUCUCGGUCCAUUUUUAAUAAAACUUGACAAAAGUUAGGCCUUUCCAACUAAUUCACGUCAAAAAAUAAACAGUUAGGCUCUAUUGAAGAAACCUCCAUGAAUAAAAAUUCUUUAAAUGAAUUACUUUUUUCUACAGGAACGCAGCCCUCCUUCUACUGCCCUACAUCCUUUCGUGGAUUUUGAUCAUUUUGGGUGUUCUUUUCGGCCGAUUCGCUUUCAUUCUACAUUCUCAACAGCCGAAACAGUUUGGUAGGUCAAUUAAUCGUUUUUUUUUGAUAGUAAUAGGUUUAUUCACUGCGUACGUAAAAAAAAAUGCAGUUAAAAUGAUACGAUCCAAGAGUGUAUAUCAACGGAAAUCAGUGAUUCCUCAAAAAUUAAAUGCCCCCACCCAAAUAUUUUUUAAAGUGAAGUUGAUACUACCUCCCUGAGGCUAAAAAGUGUAUUAUUAUAGCCAAAACCACCUUCCGGAGGUUGAAACUUGAUUUUAUUUCUUAAUUUUCCAAAAUUUUCGGAUGUCGAUCCUCCCACCCGGACAGUAUGGGUUGUGUACUUGCCCAUCUAUGCUAAAAAAAUGAAAUAAAUCGAUUUUUUUCCAGCCUCAGUGCUGCCGAUUUCGUCAACAGCCUGGACAUCUACGGAUAGCAGAUCAGCUUCGCCAACUCCGGUGAGUUUUUUUAUCAUUUUACUUAUUUUUAAAUUAUACCUAUACCGUCUCAAACUAUAAAACGCAUUCUUAUUUCCCACGAAAAAUUCAUUUUUGAGAUCGAAAAGUCUUUAAAAAAUGUUGGGUGCUCAAAGUAUUGAUCAAUUUCAAAAAAAAUCGAAUACUCUCGGAACUUGUAAACACAAAUCGGACGUGUCGGGGCAUUUCUAGUGACCCCUUUAGUAGCGUCAGCACCCUUAAGUGAUCCCUAGAACGUUCGAGGCGCGUCUAAUUUUUGUUACCGAGGUCCUUGUUAUCAAGCGUCAAACUUGGUUUUUGCAUUUUUUUUAAACAUAAAUGGUCGAUUUUUUUCAAUAUUUUUGGUGGGAAUUUUUGGAAAUUUAGGCAUAUUUAAAACUUUUUUUAUAAUAUAAAUUUUCAGAGUCAAGAGAACUUGAUUGGAUUGAAUGCCUCCUACAACUCGGCAAUGUUCCGAAAUAUGCUCUCCGUGCCGACCAGCCCGUUUUUCAUAUCGGAUAGUGUAGCGAGGUAAUUUAUCUAUUUAUUAUUUGAAAAAAAUCCUGUAAAAAAAUUUUUUUCUAGUUCGUAAAACUUCGAAAAUGUCUGAACCGUAAAAUAAAUCGAGCUAUUGAAAUCUUUCAACGGUCAUUCGUCAAAAAAAGGACCUCAUAUUUUUAUUUUUUGCUUGUUUUCUCUCUCCUAUUUUCAUUAAGAAGUCCUUAAUCUCAUAUAGGACAAAAAAAUUAUUAAUUAUCUCAUAUUAAUCUCCAAAGAAAGGGCGAUCAUGACGUUUUUGUCAUCUGUUUUCCUUUUUCCCACAAAUUAAUAUUAUUUUCUCUCGUCUCUCACAUGGAAGCCAUGUGUGACCGUAUUCGAAUCCUUUGUUGGGAGAGAAAUUAGUUUAAAACCGGGAGGAAAAAAAUUUGUUGUUGAAAUGGAUUUAGAGGGCAAAAGCGUGUUGAACUUUAGUCGGGGUCUGAAGAUUAAAUUUAUAUUUUCAACUAGGAAAAGGGGCAUACAGGAGAAAGGAUUUAUCGUUUCAGUUAAAUUUAAAUGGAAGCUCCUUUUUUUUGAAAUGCAAUUUCGGAUAUCUUUCAAUGGAAAAAAAGAAUGAGGUUCGAAAUUUUUAACUGAACGAUAGAAUUUAAUGAAAAAAAUUGCAUAAGGUUUGAAAUCAGCACAUUCUUCUCAUACAGACUUGAAAAUACUUAAAUAAAUACAUGGGCUGAACAUUUUAAAAACUGCUAACCCUUUCUUCGAAACCUUAAAUUUGAGUUGGUUAAAAAUAAAUUUUAUUCAUUUAACACACGUUCUCCGAGAAAAGCGAUGAUCCAUUGAUACAAGAAUUUCAAGUUUUGUUUUGAGAGUUGAAAUUAUUAUCACAGUUACUAGACAUAGUUGUAAACUUUUCGGCUAAUUACUGUGAGGCUCCGCCCCCUCCCUGGGUUACGGUAGGACUUUUAGUGAAAUUUUCUAACUUUUUUCCUAGUAAAUGAAUUGACUCCAAAUUUUUUUUUAAAACACACUAAAAGUCCUACCGUGACCCAGGGAGGAGGCGGAGCCUCACAGUAAUUAGACCGAGUUUCACAGUUCAAUGUGUUUUAAAAAAAAUUUUGGAGUCUAUUCAUCAACUAGGAAAAAAGUAAGAAAAUUUCACUAGAAGUCCUACCGUAACGCAGGGAGGGAGCGGAGCCUCACAGUAAUUAGCUUAAAAAUUACACACUAUGUCUUGUAACUGUAAUAAUAAUUUCAACUUUCAAAACAAAACUUGAAAUUCUUGUACCAACGCUUCACUGCAGUUCAUCGACUUGUGUUAAAGACGUUGAAUGUUAAACUUCGCUUCUCAAUUUUUAAAAUUUCAUAAGUCAGCCCCUCCUCUAGAAACUUCUUGAGUCCUUUAUUCGUCCAUGAAUUUUUGGGAAUUUCUAUCUUCAAAUUUGGAUAAGCCUUGAUCGCCAUUAAACUUGGAGUUCUUUGACAAAAUUUUAAAAGAAGCAUUGAACUUUAGUCGGGGUUUGAAGAUUAAAUUUCCAUUUUUAACUCCGAAAAGGGGCAUAAAGGAAGAGAGAUUCAUCGUUUCAGUUGAAUUGAAAUAGAAUUUGAAAAUUUGCCGUGAUAUUUUUGAACUGUAACUUCGGAUAUCUUUCAAUGGAAAAAGAAUGAGCUUCGAAAUUUUAACUGAACGAUAUAAUUUUAUGAAAAGUUGCAAAAGGCUUACUAGACAUAAUUUAUAAACUUUUUAGGCUAAUUACUGUGAGGCUCCGCCCCCUCCCUGGGUUACGGUAGGACUUUUUAGUGAAAUUUUUUCUAACUUUUUUUCCUAGUAAAUGAAUUGACUCCAAAUAAAAACACACUAAAAAGUCCUACCGUGACUCAGGGAGGAGGCGGAGCCUCACAGUAAUUAGACUAAAAACUUACCCAUUAUGUCUGGUAACUUUGAUAAUAAUUUCAACUCUCAAAACAAAAUUCUUGUACCAAUAGUUCAUCGCUUUUCUCGGAGAACGUGUGUUAAAUGAAUAAAAUUUUAAAUUUCAUAAGUCAGGCCCUCCUCUAGAACUUCUUGAGUCCUUUAUUUGCCCAUGCAUUUUUGGGAAUUUCUAUCUUCAAGUUAAGAUGUCUCGGUCGCCAUUAAAAUUUCCCUUCUUUGACAAAAUUUUAAGAAAUUUACACUCGAAAGCUGUCAAAUCUCGGCGGGCGGACUAUAAUUACAUCCACGAUUUUCCGGUCUAAGAGUCUCUUUUUUCCAAAAAACUUUUUUUCCAGCUACGCCGACGAGCCGCCAGCCUACAACGAGGUGGUCGUGGCGAUCUCUCCUUCUCCCCAAUCUUCCCCGAUUCCGCCGAACGACUCCCAACAAUACUCUCCCCAACCUUGCUCCAGUAAAUACUAUCCUUAA